AUGGGUGGUAUUUAUAGAAGAAAAGGAAAUUCGGCAAAGAACAAGUAACAUCAUCGUAUGUUGAAAACCAAAUCCUAUAUAAGAGCUAAUGAUUAAAUACACGAUGAUAUUAAACCUGAAAAUAUAUAAAAAUGGUAGAAUCAACCAAUCGAUGAAACAUUACCUGGAUUAGGUUAAUAUUACUGCGUCUCUUGUGCUAGGUACUUUGUUAAUGAAGAAUCCAUCAAAAAACAUUAAGUUAGCAAAUAACAUAAAAAACAAGAGAAAAGAGCCAAAGAAAAACCAUAUACUCAUAUGGAAGCAGAAUAAGCUGGAAAAUGAUUAUAAAAUUAAUAUCAUCAUUUAUUUUGAUUAGAUCUACUUUUAAAA